AAAGAAUACCUCAUUAGAGGAAGAUGCGCGCAGUUGCACAGAGCAGUAGGUUUUCUCAAAUUACAGUUGAGUACAGGAUAGGCUUUCUUCUGAUCUUAGCCUUCAGAUCGAGGCCAUCGUGGUAUAAAUCGAUGGCUCAGAAGUUCUCUGAUUAGGGUUUGUCAAACUUCUCGUUUGCAGUGGUGUGGGGCUUUUCCUCGUUCCGUCCAUUUGAGCGAGUCUUUCUCCCUCCCCUUUCUUUCGACCGAACGCGGGGUGUCGUAAUUUUGGAUCGUCCUGCUGUUGCAAUGGCUUCCGAGAAGAAAAUGCAGAAUUGCAUGCGAGAAAUCAAGGUUCAGAAGCUCGUGCUGAACAUUUCCGUUGGAGAAAGUGGGGAUCGUCUCACUCGCGCUGCCAAGGUGUUGGAGCAGCUCAGCGGGCAAUCACCUGUGUUCUCCAAGGCUAGGUACACUGUGAGGUCCUUCGGUAUCCGACGUAACGAGAAGAUCGCAUGCUAUGUUACCGUGCGAGGCGAGAAGGCUAUGCAGUUGUUGGAGAGUGGCUUGAAGGUGAAGGAGUACGAACUCCUCCGCAGAAACUUUUCUGACACCGGCUGCUUCGGUUUCGGUAUCCAGGAGCACAUUGAUCUUGGUAUCAAGUACGACCCCUCCACCGGAAUUUACGGUAUGGACUUCUACGUCGUGUUGGAACGACCCGGAUACAGAGUUGGCAGGAGAAGGAGAGCGAAGUCUAGAGUUGGAAUCCAGCACAGAGUCACCAAGGAGGACUCAAUGAAGUGGUUCCAGGUUAAAUACGAGGGAGUUAUCUUGAACAAGUCAACUCAAAUUGUUUGAUCACGGUAAAUUCCAAAUUAGACGAAGGGUUUUAGGAGCGGAGUAGACCUAUUUUUCAUCGUCACGCGGACUUCAGUGUAUACAAUCUCAAAUGCAACGCCUGUUGUGGACGAGCACGCAGAUUCGGAUAGAACAGUGGUAAUUUGUCCAAUGCCUGCAGGCGAAAAGAAAUGGCCUUUGUUGCAUACCUGUGUACCAAGUUCUGUAAGUCAACCUAGAUAUAACCUAAAUUGUAGAUGUUAUGACGCAUUAUGGGAAACGUUAAUUCACCAGUUUUGUUAUGAGAUAUUAUGAGAGACAGUCGGGCCAAUGACUAUGAACAUUGAGGCAAUGAUGUAGUCUAAGGGUUCUGUCCAUAUUCCCUUCCUCAAUGCCUUCGGAAUUCAUCUCUGUCGAACCCUGUUUCAGUAGCUCGC